CGCAGUACAUACACGCAGUCUCUCUCUCUCUCUCUCUCUCUCUCUCUCAAUUAGGGUUUCCCUCCAACGUAGUUUCUUCUGUGGUUCUCCCAGCGCGAAGUUAAGAAUUUGCAUCAAAUGCAAUAGUAGAGCUCCAAGCCGACAAGCCUAAUUUGACAUUGGUAGCCAUAUUAUGCCAAGUAUGGAAACUGAGAAUCGAAAUAUUUUGAGAGCCGGAGAAGUCAAAGCACUUGCUAAUGAAGCCUUCAAAGCUCAUAAAUAUUCUCAAGCUAUUGACCUCUAUACUCAAGCAAUCGAACUAGAUAGUCAAAAUGCAGUAUACUGGGCAAAUCGUGCAUUUGCUCAUACUAGACUGGAGGAAUAUGGGAGUGCAAUACAGGAUGCAUCAAAGGCUAUAGAAAUUGAUCAUAAAUAUUCAAAGGGUUAUUACAGGCGUGGUGUAGCAUAUCUUGCUAUGGGCAAGUUCAAAGAAGCACUAAAAGAUUUUCAACAGGUCAAGAAAAUCUGUCCAAAUGAUCCUGAUGCUUCAAAGAAAUUGAAGGAAUGUGAGAAAGCUGUAAUGAAACUGAAAUUUGAAGAAGCAAUCGCUGUUCCAGAUUCUCAAAGACAUUCGGUAGCCGAGUCUAUCGAUUUUCAUUCAAUAGGGACUGGCCCAGCUACAUCAUAUUUUACCCCCCGAGUGGCUUCUGUAGCACUGGCAGUAGUAGUAGUGGCUGUACUGCUAAUGGUUGUGGGGCCAAAAGCAGCUGCAGUGGCGGCAGGAGUGACGACAGUAUUGGUGGGCAUUGGGACAUGGUGGGCAGACUUCAGUGGUGGUGUCCUUAGCAAGACUUCAAAACUUAACCUAGAGGUGGAGCCACAGUAUUCCGGUGCAAGAAUAGAAGGUGAUGUUGUAACUUUGGAUUUUGUGAAGAAAAUGAUGGAUGACUUCAAGAAUCAGAAGUGCCUACACAAGAGAUAUGCCUUCCAGAUUGUCCUUCAAACAAGAGAUAUGCUGCGGGUGUUGCCAUCUCUUGUUGAUAUAAAUAUUCCAGAAGGCAAGAAUUUCACCGUCUGCGGUGAUGUCCAUGGCCAGUUUUAUGAUCUAUUAAAUAUUUUUGAACUCAAUGGGCUUCCAUCAGACGACAACCCAUACCUGUUUAAUGGAGACUUUGUGGAUAGGGGAUCCUUUUCUGUAGAGGUCAUACUCACACUGUUUGCAUUUAAAUGCAUGUCCCCUUCAGCUAUAUAUCUCGCUCGAGGAAACCAUGAGAGCAAGAGCAUGAAUAAAAUAUAUGGUUUUGAGGGUGAGGUCAGGUCCAAGUUGAGUGAGACAUUUGUGGAACUCUUUGCCGAAGUGUUUUGUUGUUUACCUUUGGCACAUGUAAUAAAUGAGAAGGUUUUUGUAGUUCAUGGUGGUCUUUUCAGUGUUGAUGGGAUUAAGCUCUCUGAUAUUAGAGCAAUUGAUCGAUUUUGUGAGCCACCAGAGGAAGGGUUGAUGUGUGAAUUGUUAUGGAGUGAUCCUCAGCCACAGCCUGGAAGAGGUCCUAGCAAGCGGGGUGUUGGUCUUUCUUUUGGUGGAGAUGUAACAAAAAGAUUCUUGCAGGAAAACAAUCUUGAUUUAGUUGUGCGAUCUCAUGAAGUGAAGGAUGAAGGCUAUGAGAUUGAGCAUGAUGGUAAACUUAUUACUGUGUUUUCUGCUCCAAAUUAUUGUGAUCAGAUGGGUAAUAAGGGUGCUUUUAUUCGUUUCGAAGCCCCAGAUUUGAAGCCAAACAUUGUUACCUUUUCAGCAGUGCCACAUCCCGAUGUGAGGCCAAUGGCAUACGCCAGCAACUUCCUCCGAAUGUUCUCUUAAUUCACAGGCCCAAUUGCGUGUCUCAACAUGGUUUUGUAUACCUUGGCCUUACUGCCAAGUGCAAAGUUAUUGCAGAAGGCUGGAGAAGCAGGUCAUUCAUUUAAUGCAUCAAAAUCUCCCUGUGCAAUAUCGGACGGUUCCCCUUUCUUUCUCCCUCUAUCCAUCUCUUUUGUUUUUACGCAAGUUUUACUGAGCCCUAGCCCUAGGCCUAGCCAGAUGGAGCUCCUUUUUUCCUUUGUUUUCCUGGAACCAAAAAUCCAGGUUUUGGUGAAAAGAAGCAUAAACAAUGGCGUCUGUAAAAUCUGCACCAUUUGCCAGUUUGCUAUUAUUUACUACUAGUUUUGUGUUUCCCCCAUGAAUAGCAUUGUUAUGAUGCCGUUUGGAUAAAUCCAAAUCUGUAUUUAUGCUUGCUCAGUCUUUAUGUCACUGUGAUACUAGUGAGUGAACAUAGUACCAAUUGCAUAUACAAUUCAUUUCUGCCUGUUUCUUAUCAUGAAA